AUACCGCAAGUACCAUAGAUUUCGACCGCAGACCGUGCGCUACAAAACCAGGUCCAGAGCCCCGGGACUGACUGAGCUCCAUCGCUGAGGAAGAGCCCGGACAUCGUUGUCUGAGUCUGCUCGAGGAGAUCGUUUCCGACCGAUUUCGCGGUCCCUUGGAUCCUGACGAGGAGAAAGGCGGAGUUAUGGCAGGCGAUGGAGAGGUGGAAGCUCCCAAGGGGCUCGUUUGCGUGACGGGGGCCGGAGGCUAUGUGGCAUCGUACCUCGUCAAGAGCUUGCUCGAAGCAGGAUAUCGCGUGAGAGGAACGGUGCGCAAUCCUGAUAGCGAGCCAAAGACGAGGCAUCUCAGAGAGCUACCAGGCGCGAAGGAGAGGCUGGAGCUGGUUUCAGCGGACCUCCUCAGCGAAGGGAGCUUUGAUGCAGCGGUUGAAGGAUGUGACGGUGUAUUCCACACCGCCAGCCCGGUCGUUUUUCCUAAGAUCGAUCCAUUUGUAGAGAUGGUGGAACCUGCCAUCAAAGGAACCCUGAACGUUCUGAAAUCGUGCUCCAAGGCGAAUGUGAAAAGAGUGGUGCUCACAUCGUCAUCGUCAGCCUUUCGCAUGCGACCAGACUACAGUGCAGAUGUCCCUCUCGAUGAGAGCAGCUGGAGCUCUGUACAGUUUUGCAAGGAUAUUAAGCUUUGGUACGCACUUGCCAAAACCAUGGCAGAACAAGCAGCGUGGGACUACUCUAAAGAAACAGGGCUCAAUUUAGUUUCUGUCCUUCCCACCUACAUCAUUGGUUCCAUCAUUCCGCCAGAGCUGUCCGCCACGUCCACCGAUGUCCUCGGCCUUUUCACAGGGAAAGCUGGUAACUUUGCCAAGUUCGGCAGAAUGGGAUACGUGCACAUUGAUGACGUUGCAACUGCUCACAUUCUGGCUUAUGAGAAGCCGGAAGCAGAGGGUCGGUACAUUGUGAGUGGAAUCACUCUUGAUAAUGACGAGAUGGCAGAAAUGCUUGCUAAACGCUAUCCGACUCUGGACGUGCCCAAGAUCGAGAAGGGUGCUGGCAUGCCAUACUACAACAUCAAUGUGUCCAAGCUGGCGAAACUGGGUUUGGAGAAGUACAAGCCCAUCGAGGAGGCAUUCGAUGAUGUCGUUGAAUCGUAUAAGCAGAAGGGCAUGUUGUAGAAAAUGGAAUGAGCUGAGCUAUCGACACAAUGUAGAUUUGGAGAAAGGAAAGACCUGCCUCGAAGCCCUGGGCCAUGUAGCAGUCUCCCUCAAUUUUGCUGCAACACUGGCGAUGAUGUUACUGCAUAUACUAGUUCAGAAUCGGUCUCCAAAGGACCCUCCUCAUUCAUAAGGACACUGAUAUAUAAUAAUGUCAUCAGUCUGGAAUUGUCAUGAAAGGAAGCCUGCCAUGAUUUUAGUCAACCUUAGUACUAGAGGUCAAUCAUGUAAAGCUGUAAAGGAAGCCAGCGCGUUGUGGACUACCCAACGUGCGGGUAUUGUACAGAAAGGGAUAUGUAUCCUGUAUAAACUCGAUGCAAUUCCAAUAUUCCUGCUUGGAAUGUCUCACAUUCUCCUGCAUCGCCCUUUCUGAAACCCUUGUGGAUGCUCUUAAGAUUUCUUAGCAGACCAGACGCCUCGUACAUUUGAAAAGUAUACCUAUGACCUA